UCAUUUCAGGAAGGAUUUCUUGGUAUUACUAAUAAUACAUCAAUCGUUGGUUUUUUACAUCUUAGUUUUCCUUCAAAUGAUCCAAUGUAUAUAAAACAGAUAAAAUUAUCAUUUUCAGGAGCAGAAUUUAUUCAAUUACAUGAUACUGGACCAAAAUUUUUAAAUUAUGGAACAAAUUCAAUAUGUAAUAUUACUACUGAAUUAUGGAAAAGUGAUAAUAAUGAUUAUAAAGAAAUAAGGAAUAUGAUUUUACCUUUUGAAAUUCCUCUACCUAAUGAUAUACCUUCAAGUUUAUCAGUAAAUAAAGAUCGAGGAAAGAUUGAAUAUAGUCUUAGAGCUAUAAUAUCGCGUAAACCAAAUAUUAAAACUUUUCAAGGUUCAACAAAAGUUAUACAAUGCGCUUAUAUAGUCGAUCGGUAUAGUUUACCACCUUCAAUACCUAAUCCUAUAACAUGGAAAAAUGAUAAACCAAAGAAAGGGAUUGGAUAUGAAAUUUCUUUAAAUGAUAGAGUUUUUGGUCCUCGUUAUCCAAUUAUUGUUAGAGUGAAAUUAACAUUUUUCGAUGCUCGAGUUUCAUUAGAAGAUAUUGUAAUAAGUUUAAAAGAAUAUACUGCCGUCACAAUUAAAUCAGAGAUUAAGAAGAAGCGUAAAAAUGUGGGGAAAAAGAUUAUAAAGGGUAAACAAAUUCCAAUUUCAAAAGAAACUCAAUAUAAUGAAUGUAUUAUGGAUAUUAAUUUUACAAUACCUGAUGAUUGUCUUAGUAUUUUUAAUUGGUCAGAAGAAAGUUUUCAUAUUGAAGUUACUCAUAAGGUUAAAAUUAAAGUUAAUUUUGGUAUUUUUAGUAGACAUAAUAUUAAUUUAGAAGUUCCAGUAAAAAUUAAAAAUAUGAUGAGUGAAGAAGAAGAAUCUUGUUUAGUCGCUGAACUUUUACACCAAGAAGAAAUUUCAAGAUAUCUAGAUUCUGAAACUCUACAACCUCGAUAUGAUUCUUCUCCUCCUUCUUAUGAACCAAAUUUACCUACAAAUCAAACAUCUACUCUUCCUUCUUAUUCAUUAAAUAACAAUACUGAUUCGCAGACUUCACAGACAUGAUUAGUAAUAAAUGUAUAUAUAUAUAUAGCAUAACACAUACACAUUAAAAAAACUCAGAAAACUCUGUAUUUUUAUAUUUACCGUAUAUAUAAUAUAUACAAUAAAAAUUUAGUCGUCAAAAAAUUUCUUAGAAACGAUUAUAUAUAUAACUCGUAAAAUGAUUUAAUAAAUUCUUUGGACAAUUACAAAUCAUUCAAUCUAACAUCAUAUGUGAUAAUUUCAAACCAUUUCAUAUUAAUAUCCAUCAAUUGUU